UUUCAGCAGGACUAAACGCGUCAAUUUCAUUUUUACGGAAAAUCGGAAAGAUUCGUGACGUUUUGCGCAAUUUGACCCGACUUGGAACACGUGGCGCCAUCUUUAUUCAGAGAUGUCGUGAGACGGAUGGAAUAGGAAGGAAAUUUAGAGCGACGACUAGGACAGGGAAAACUAAUAAAACAAAAUAUUUCCAAGGCACACAAAGGCGUCAGUGGUAUCCGAUUGUUGUCUGACAUAAAUUUUCCAAGGAUUACCUUAUUGUGUGAUAUUACUCCGUCUAAGUCUUGUGUUACUAAUUAGGUAGCUACAAUCGGAUCCAUAUCAGCUAUGACAGGAAAACAGCAUUCUCUCUUUGAAAUUGUAUAGCGAAUUUGAAAUAGCAAAGAACAGAUCAGAUAAUCUCUGCAUGCCAUCAUAGAAUACAAGGAAUUUCGACAAAAAGAUUCCAUCAUGAUUCUACUGGCCAUUCUGUCAAGUGUUGUCAUCACAGUCACGGCUGCUGCUAAAACUGGUUAUAUACCACAAGCAAGGGGCGUGUGGCCCUUAGAUGCCAUUUCAAAAGCUAAAGACUCAAGCAACUACAAAAGCAACGGAAGACCGUUCGAUAUCAGAUUCGGUGACGGGCCUACUGGAUUUAAAGAAACUGCAACAACAUUCCUCGGUAAUAUCCGAUCGUUCGUCGAAAUUACGUCAGUAAAGAAAUCCCCUAAAGACUUGGGGUCACUGGAUGUCGGCACCGGACAUUUGACCUUUGUCACUUACGUCUAUUUUGAUCACGUGAUCAAUGGCACUAUCAUGGUGUGGGAUGGCACCAAUCGUGACAACAAUGGCGUCCGAAUGUACGUCGAAGACAAUGACCUUCACCUUUCAGUUUUUACUCGCCACGCCACCUAUGGGCAGAUAGAGAAAUCGUAUACGUAUAUGCGGAUCGUUCCACAGACCUGGCUCCUUUUAGGAUUUGCGUACAAUAACAAAACUGGCGUCAUAAGGACUUGGGUGAAUGAUUGGCAGAGGUGGGAGAAAGUAGGGACGACAAUGGAGAUGGAGACUGGAGGGAACCUCUUCUUGGGAGGCUUCCCCAUCAAGGAGGGCAAGCUAAAGCACUUGCCUCUGUCUGGACGGAUGAGCUGCGCCAUGUUGUUUGCAGAGAGCCUCAAUGCUACAGUGGUUGCUCAGCAAUUGUCUAUAUGCCUCAAAACGUACCUCUCGGGCAAAAAAGAGAAGGGCAAAGAGGCGUUAGCCAACUGGCCAUUGGACAAGAAUCACCUUACCACAGAUAGCAGCCCAUUCGGGGUCCACGGCAUCCCCUGGGGGAUGAUGGAAGCUGAGGGUCCAAGUUCCCGAAGCGAUGGUGCCCUCUUCUUCAAAGGAGAAUUCACAUCAAACAUCACCAUCCCCAAUAAAUUCAAUUUGCUGAGUACAGAAAAGGAUGUUACGGUCCUCGGAUACAUGAAUGUAGCGCAGAAGACAGACGGCAUCGUCAUGGGUUGGUAUGGAGGUAAAAACGCCUCUGACAGUUUCAGAAUCGAGAUCACCAAAGGCGUACUGCGGGUCAGAAUCACAGAUAAAAAUGGCAAAUUCCGUUUCUUCCCACCACUUGACUGCACAGACGCCCCAAAACCUGCACAGGGAACUCCAAAGCCAAUCUUGUGCAAGCAGUUAGAAGUGAUUCCAAAGGCUUGGCAGUUCAUUGGAGCUACUUAUAAGAAUGACUUGGGCACUCUUACCAUGUGGCUCAACGCUGCAUCUCUUUCCUUCAACGUUGGAAAGAACUCGAUUCGAACAACUGGAAAUUUCUUCCUCGGGGGCCAGCCGAAGAAUGGAGUGGUUCUGCCGGCAGUAAAGUUCAGGUUGUCCUGCGUAAGUGUUUUUGGUGUGUUCGUGGAGCGACAGAAAGCUGAUCACCAUGUAGAGGCCUGUCUCAGGAGCUGGAACUUACAUGAAGAGUACACGAAUUCGAUUGCCUUUUGGCCGCUGGACCUACAACAUGGGCCAAACGACCGGGGCGUGUACCACCUUAAUGGUAAUGUCAACGACCUGUCCCUGAUAGAUGGCCCCACAGGUCGACCAGAGUCAUCAUACAAGUUUUCAGGGACAACGAAAUCAUACAUCGAAGUUGACAACGAUGACAACAUCUUAGAUUUCCAAAGAGGUGUCACCGUCCUCGCUUUCAUUUACCAAGAUAUACCGCGUGAUGGCGUGAUUUUUGAAUGGGCUGGCGAUAGUCAACUAUCCAAUGGGGUUCAGUUGAGAAUUCUGCGCGGGGCUGUUGAUGUUAACCUUGUCUCCAGGGGCAAAAGUGGGCAAAGAGUUGACAGUUUUACUGGCCACAGGAUAAAAACACGUCAGUGGAAUUACGUAGGUUUUAGUUAUUCACAUAAGAAGGGGCAAAUUAAACUUUGGUUGAAUGAUUGGGAGCCAGUUAUCAAGUCUCCUGGUAAACACCUUCUGGAAACGCGUGGGAAUGUUUAUAUUGGUGGCAGACCAGAUGAGAGGUACUCCCAGGGAUUCCUUGGUCGAAUUAGCUGCGUCAUGGUGUUCGAGGAUGCGCUUGACGUCCCGGAUGUUCAUCACGCCGAGGCGACGUGCACUGGACGAUUAAUGUUCUAUUACAACCCAGUAGCCAUAUGGCCCUUGUCUAUCACCCACACAAAUCAGGACGUGGGCGGCUAUGGCAAUACAGGGAAGGCCAUGAACGUGGGGUAUGCAGAGGGCCCCAACAAGAAGGCUGAGUGCUCAAUGAGCUUCAAGGGACAUGCGGACUCGGGGCUCGUGAUCCCCAAGAAGAACGUGCUUGAUACUAUGUACGGUACAUCCUUUGUUGCUUGGAUCUUCAUGGAACGAGACGGAGCAAAGGACGAGGCCGUAUUUUCUUGGGACGGCAAAGAAGGAGCAAGCAGAGGUAUUACCAUCGGUAUCAACAAACAGGGAGCACUCUUCGCGGACAUCUACCGCCAGCGUUACGUCAUAGCGAAGCCGUUAAAACAACACGAGUGGUAUUUGAUUGGAUUUUCGUACAACUACUACACGGGGAUAUUCUAUCUCUGGGCGUGGGAUCCCGAGGGUCAACUCAAUGGGGCCGAGACCUUCCUGGGCCGGGUCAUCAUCGAAACCAGGGGAAUGAUCCACAUAGGGACCAAACCUCCGAAGGGACCGUACGUGUCCUUCAAGGGAAGGAUAAGCUGCGUGAUGCUGUUUAACAAGCCUGCUCACAUUCAGAAGUUGGUAGCGGCGGGGAAGGAGUGCGAAGUGAACCUUCUCACCACCAGUAAAGGGCACCGCAUCGUACCAGGGAAGGGGGUUAACCCUGCACCAACUCACCAUCUGGGGAGCAUCGUGGCCCCGACUGUCAUCCUAAUUCUCCUCGGCUGCAUCGUCGUGUUUGCUCUGAUAUUCUAUAAGAAAAGGCAGAGUAGUUUAGUUAUCCGCGGUCAGCUUUACCAUCCGUCCACAACGAGCCCUGCCCAGCAACGGAAACAGUUGAUCAGUCGUUUCGUUCGACGCAGUCCGAAAAUUCGACGAAUCCCCCAAAAGCAUGCGAAUGUGCAGCGGCGGACUCGGGUCUGACGUCACUUCCGUCACUACUGGACGUAGUACAGUCGUGCACGAUACCGUUCGGUCCAAAGCACAGCUGGCGACAGUGUCAGUGAACAAGCCACACUUUUGUAGCUUGGCCUGCAAGACCUUGCCAAAGAAGAAUACGACAUUUCCCGUGAUCAUGUGUAAGCAGACGAGCAUGACGUCACCUCCGGCGCUGGGCAGCGGCCAUUUUGAGUCGGAAAUGCGAGUGUUUGUCUUUGCUCAUGCUAUGGGCUCGUUUCAUUCAAGUUUGGGAAAAUAAUUACGUAAAUUCCGGAAGUGGUUCAUUUCGAAUAGUAAAAAAUAACACAGCGAUUUAUUUUUGGACAAAGAUACCGUUGGACUUUGGACUCUUUUUGCCUGGAAACGGGCUACUCAGUCGUGUGGGUUCGGUCAUCUUUCCGGAACAGUCGCCAAUUUUUGCCGCAGCGGCAAACUGAAUUAUUUGAAAGACACGAGUCCACGAGCUGGCGUAAUGACGCCACCUAGUGGUAUAAACCAAACUAUAGAUGACUUUUGUUUUGUAGAUAUGUUCAGAACGAGGCUUUGGAAUAGCACUAGUGGCGACGAGAUGUAUCAUUCCUUGGCGGACGAAUCACGCGGAAUGCCUCAGUACACGGAGGGGUACACGUCAGUUUAGCGCUGCGGACUUCCGGAUGGAAUGUGACCUUACUGUGGACGGCACAUUUUGGACAACGUUUUAUCAGGAAUAUAUAAUUCCAGACAAUAUGUAAACAAUACUUGAUCUAAAAGCCAAGUACUGGGUAUCGAUUUCUGACACUAGGCCAGUCUUUUAAACGAUAAACCAGCUCCAACAUGAGAGUUGAGAAAAAUGCCGACCGAAUGCCCAUUUGCCUAACGGGAGUUUCAUAUUCAUUUUUCAUUUUGCUUACGUACAAGUGUAUCCACAGGCUGCCCUUAAUCAGCAAUGCCCAGAUACAAAUAUCACUUUCAUUUUGAUGCUACAUGUAUGAUUGUGAAUAUCAAAAUUAUUCUGUUAUCGCAUGAUUUCACAUUCAACGUGCGAGCCUUUUUUCAUUUUUGACCUACCAGGCCCUUUUCAAUUUUCGGAUAAACGGGCCUUCGGACUAGCGGCCUGUAAUCUUUCCAUAAUGUAUAUAGAAUAUAUUAAGUGUUUUCUAAGGCAUGAUAAUAACCAUUAUAUGAUACCAGUGUUAGUCCUACUGUGUUCUUCCAAACAUGAUGGAAUUCAUCGGUGUUUCGUCAGUGUUCUUCACAUAAUAUCAGUUAUCUAAUAAGUGCUCUUAUAAGUGCAUUUCUGACUCAUCAUGUAUUUCUAUGCAUCUCAUCUAGUUAUGUGACUUUCUUUGAAGUUUUCGGUUUUUUGAAUAAAAUUGUCAUC